AUGCUUCUGGUGUUCUAUUUCUUUGCUGUUAUUGUCUCAGUUAUUUUUAAUUUUGUAGGAAUUACUGUAAACCUGUUUAUUACAGUGGUCAAUUAUAAAACUUGGGUCAAAAGCCACAGAAUCUCCUUUUCUGAUAGAAUCCUGUUCAGCUUGGGCGUCACCAGAUGUCUUAUGCUGGGGUUGUUUCUACUGAAUGUUAUCUAUUUCAACUCUUCACAUCUUAAAAGGUCAGUCUACAUGUCCACAUUUUUAAUGUUGAGUUGGAUGUUUUUGGACUCCAGUAGUCUUUGGUUUGUGACCUUGCUCAACAGCUUUUAUUGUGUGAAGAUUACUAACUUCCAACACUCAGUGUUUCUGCUGCUGAAACGGAACCUCUCCUCAAAGACCUCCAGGUUGCUGCUGGUCUGUGUGAUGAUUUCUGCCUUCACCACUCUCCUAUAUGUUGUGCUCAACCAGAUGUCACCUCUUCCUGAACUUGUGACUGGGAGAAAUGGCACAUUAUCUGACAUCAGCAAGAAUGUCUUAUCUUUGGCAGCCUCUUUGUUCUUGAGCUCAUUUUUCCAAUUUGUCAUUAAUGUGACUUCUGCCUCCUUGUUAAUAUAUUCCUUGAGGGGACAUAUACGGAAAAUGCAGAGAAGCGCCACUGGUUUUUGGAAUCCCCAGACAGAAGCUCAUGUAGGUGCUAUGAAGUUGAUGAUCUACUUCCUCAUCCUCUACAUUCCUUAUUCUGUUGCCGCCCUGCUCCUUUAUGUCCCUUUUCAUGUAGGGUUGGACCUUGAGACCAGAGCCAUUUGUAUGAUUUUUGCCACCCUUUACUCUCCAGGACAUUCAGUUCUCAUUAUUAUCACACAUCCUAAACUGAAAACAAAAGCAAAAAGGAUUCUUUGCCUCAAAAACUAA